AUGGAGCUUUCUCAACUUGGUUUUCUGGAUGAACUUCUUGCUCCAAGAAAAGACACUUGGAGUGCUUUGUCCACUGGGUUGAAUGAGUUACUCCCCAGUGGUUGGAGCUUUGACUCUUUUGAUGAGAACCAAGGUUUAGCCACUUUCAGCCCCUCGUUUGCUGCAUUUUCAACACCACUAGACCAAAGAUUUGAAUGUCCCUAUGGAAGUGAAGCAGCGUACCCUUUUGUUGACGGGUUCACAUUGCCGGAGCUUGAUUCAUCAUACACCAGAAAUGAUGAGUCAGCACCACUUCUGCCACAAGAAGAUAACCCAUCAUUGGAGGAUGAAGAGCUUUGCUUUCUGGGAAGUGAUAACCAGAGUUUGGAACAAGCAAAAAUAUGGCUGCAAAAUUGA